AAUGUUUUGACUUAGAAGCAGAUGUUGGUGUAGUAGCAAGGGGUGUAGGUACAGCCGUUACUCUUGUUAAACUUCAUGACGUCAGUCAUCAAACUAAUAAUUACAACACACAAGAUUCUGCACAAGCUGAAGAGUCCACUUCAGUCUUCAAAGCAUAACGGAAAGUCAUGCAUGCAAAUGUAAACUUAGUUCUGAAAAUAUGAAGGUAGAUUUAAUUGAUGACAAAGUUGAACAUGCAGUUACGUUGAAUCCCGCAAAAAAUAUUUUAAAAAAGCAAGAUCAUAUAGAAAAGGAUGAAGAUGAUUCAAUAUGUUUUGAUGUGUUAGAACCACCUUAUAGCUCUAGUACGUCAUCUACAGAUUCUGUUACGUCUAGUAGUGAUGCUUUACUAGAAAAUAUUUCUGACUCCUACAAAAUAGGUUCAGAAGAAAAUGUGGAUACUAUUGUAAAAGCAGUUUUGGCACAAUCUAGCAAUGAUGGUGUUACUAAAAAAUUAUGUUUACCUAAAUCGGGCCUUUAUAAAAACCACAGCGUUUCCGUAGAAGAUAUUAUGUUAUUACGUCCAAAAAUUAAUGUUAUUCCGCCGCAAAUCAUAAAUCGAAAAACAAGACUUAGUCUUAAUGAUGCUUCUAUAAAGCAUGGUGUAUCUUUUUCUGCUCCAAAUUCACCCCAAGGAAUCAAUAAAGAUUGCGAUACAAAUAAUGAGCCAAAGUUCCAGAGACUGUUGCAUCACAUAGGAUUAUUACAUACGGCACCUGUCACUAACAAAGAUUUUGAUUUUACAAGAAGACGUCACAGCUCUAAAAACAAUCAAGAAUAUUCUCUGACAAAUAGCCUUCGCUUUAGCAAUGUAAGGCGGAGUUUUCAACUUGGUUUAAGCCAUAUUAAAAAACCUGAAAUGAAACAAGGCAGUUUAAUAGGAACUGCUAUGCAAACUAUUUUAAUGGACAAAAUAAAUAUUAUGAGUGAGAUUUUGGAUGAAAAUUUAUUAGAUAAAGAUAGCAAAAAUGUUGAAUUCAAUGCAAGCAAAGAGUUCAAAUGCUAUGAUAGACCUGAACCUAGGGAAACAGUUUUAGGCACUCCAUUUAUGUCCUUAGCAGAUUUAACACAAACUUGUUUGGAUUUACAGAAAAAAAGCAAUACUUCUCUACAAUGUUUGAAGGAAGAAACACCAGAAGAAUUUUCCAUCAAACCACAAGUAGAACGUCAGCGCAGUUUCAGCUUGUUUGAUACAGCAAUGGAAACAAUAUUAAUUGACAAAGUUAAUGCCUUAAUGCUAACAUCGCAUUCAACUUUACCUUCAGAGGAAAAUGAUCUUUCUAUUUCCAAUUUCACAUCUAAUUUACUCAAAUCAUCAUCAAAAGCUUUGCAAGAAAACAUUGACAGUCAUGUUAUGUCUGAUGAUAUUGAGUCAUAUUUGUUAGACACUAACCAAUCCUUGCAUGAUAUUCCUAUGUUUUCCGAUUCAUGUAGCGACAGAAUUGGAAGCAGUCCAGUACAUAAGCAGCAGCAGGGUGCUAAUCACCAGAGGACAGAGUCUGUUGGAAACAAAACUGCUCAAAGUCCAAUCAAACACUCACAUGGAUUAAAUAUCAAUAGCAGUCAUCGCCGAUCCUCUGAUUCUGACCUGAGCAUAACUCCUAAAGCUAAUUCUGUGGAACGCUCACAAACAUCUGGUAGACCACACAACAGUACAGCUCUGUUAAGGCCAUCCAUGCAUCAGGAUAAUAUUGAAUUGUUGGAGUACCCUUUCUUAACAUUGACUAAAUAUCCCCAAGGAUUUAUUCAACAUUUAGGUGGUACAGUGACAGCAAGAUCUGUUAAAUUAUUAGAGAGGGUGCCUAAUCCCGAUGAACCAGAAACCAGAGAUACUUGGUGGACUGAGUUAAGAAUGGAGAUUAGAUCUCAUGCAAGAGCACUUGCUUGCAAUGUUGUUCUCGGAUAUUCUGAGAGCACUACAAUAUCGGAUGAUAUCUGCGUACUGUCAGCAACUGGAACUGCUGCUGUAAUAAAUUUGAACUACAAUGCUGCACCUAUAACUGAUAUUAAUUUAGAAACUGCGGCUCAUCAAAAAUCUUCAUAUACUAAUUCUCAACAACCAAUGCAUACAGCAGCUGAACUUAUGACAACGUCUUUAGAUAGAAUUCGAUUUGAACGUGAUGCAAAAGCAGUUAAAGUUGGUGAUCAAAAGGAAAAUGUACCAAAAAGCACAUACGCUCACCCUUUGGAACAUCAUUCACAUAGCUUACCAGAAGAAACAUCCCCUAAGAUAUCAAAUUUUUCUCAACCUGUAGCACCAUCGGCAUGUUCGAUUUGUCACAUCCCUUACACAAAGGCAUCUGUUCCUUUUCGUGUAAAGAUGAUAAAAUGUGCAGUUUGUAGGUCGGGCAAGGUUCCUAAUGUAUUAUUCUGCACAGUCGAAGUUCCUGAUAGUUUGCAGGUUACUGGGAGGGGAUGCUUAGUUCAGGCACAUGUGAUGAAACCAAAACGUGACCUUAGAUCAGAAUUAAAUGCAAGAGAAAUUAGCGAUAGUUUACCAUUUUUGGAAUAUGAAUUGCAUCGUCUUCUUAUCUCUAAACUAAAAGUGAAAGGAAUGAAUGCUAUUUUUGGAUUGAAGGCUACAGUAGCCAUUGGUGAAAGAAUGAUAGCUGCUAUAGCUACAGGAACAGCUGUGUUUCUAACAGCAUUGCCACCGCCUUGCAUACCUACAGUCAUUUCAGGAAAUAGUUUAAAAGAUCUUCCACGGCUGGCAGAACUACAAAGAGCUAUGCAAGAUACUUUAGAUACAAAUCGUGAUGUUUACCAAUUAAAUCCAACAGAUAGAUUAGAUGGGAACAAAGCAAAUCCGUCAGACACAGAAGAUAGUGAUGACGAGCUUGCAGAUUUAGAUCUGGGUGCGGGAAAUAAAGAUGCUUGCAUUAUUGAGGUAGAUGAUACUGAAGAUUUGGAGAUGUUGUCAUUGCUGAUGGAACCGAGACCUCCAGAUGGAUUUCAUGUUGUGAAUACACAAGCAGUGCCUGGUUUACAAGGAUUGGAAAUCAUUAGAAAUUUACAGACAUUUGUUCAAGUUUGGCGUGCUAAAUUACCACACAACCAAGCCAAUAGUAUGUUUCCAAAACAUUUUCAAAGAUUAUUACAAAGUAUCUAUUUUAAACUUCGGAGUAUGAUACCAUGUGCUGUCUGUGACUUGAGAUUUAGAUUAGAUUUGCCAGAAUCUGAUGAACUUCAGCUACUAGUGACGGGAAUGGCCCUAGGUUUAGGAGAGCCAGCUAAAUUUAGCACUACAAAUAAGAAAUUUAUUUCUCACUCUCUCAGUAAGGAUCUUUCACGAGAUAACGAUUUAAUAUUUAGUUUAGAAGAAGAACAAUUGUUUGAUGUAAAUGAGGAAGCACCAGUAUCAUCUCCCCUACAAGAGAAACUAAACAAUUUAGCACUUUUGAGAAAUAAGUCGAGCGGGCUUAGUUUAUCUAGACAUUUACCUCUUAGAGAACGAUAUGGGGUGGACAUAACUCCGCUAAGUUAUGUACCUGGUGGAAGAAUUGAUAGGUACUUAGGAAACUUGAACUUUUUUUUCAUAAGAGAAAGUACUUCUAUAAGAGAGAAUGGUGGCAUAAGUGGAUUUGUUCACGGUUUUAUUACUGAGAUUCUUGCAGUGGUACGAGCUCAUGCCACAGCAUUGGGUGGUAAUGCUAUGGUGGCAUAUUAUAUGACAGAAUUAAUACUAGUUGACAAUUUACAUAAAAAUCAAGGUCAGUGCAUAGUCAGCGUGGGCGGAGAUGUGGUAUUUGUUUCUUAUUUCACAGAUGAUUAAUUGAAGUCAAUUAUUUUUGUAUAUUGCUUUAACAAGUAUGAACUGAUAUAAAUAAAUUAAGGAACUAAAAUAUUUGUAAAGUCCCAAUAGAUUUGUAAAGAGUGCAAUUGUACACCAAUACAAUUAGUUUGGGCAAUAGUAGAUUCAAAGUCAUUUUAAGGUGAUCAAAAUUUGUGCAUUAUUACACUGUUGAUCUCUUCUUCGACUUACU